UCUCCCGACAUGACCUGCGCCAUUAUAAGCACUCGCCACGUCUGAUCGUUGAAUCGGCCCCGGUUCCACCGUCCCACCGGAAUAUUAAGUGUAGUCGACUCCUUCCCGGCCUCCACUUUCUCGGCUUCGUCGCCGCCCUCUGCGGCCUCAUCCAGACUGCAUACACGAGAUCCCGGCUAAGAAAACCCCGCCAACCAGUCCUGGCACGCCCGAGGAACUCCGACUACCAUAUCGCUGGAGAUCCCAUACUCCUUCGGAAACGACUCCCGCACCGAAAGUGGCACCAGCGGUUAUACCAUCUUCGCCGGCUUCCUCUGGGUCUUUUCAAGGAAGAGGACUACCCAACCCUCCACCUCCGGCUUCUCGCCGCCUAGGUCGAUCUCAUGCGGAGGAUCCGCUUGUGAGGGAUUGAUGAUUAUUCUUCAUUCUAGCUGUGGAUCUUCUUAGCCGAAGUUGACGCGUAACCAGAGUGUUCUCGACAACUAGUAGAUGAUGUACUUGGAGUACGUCGUGAGACCGACCUGGAGCAAAGUGAACAGCGGGCUGCCCAAGAUGAACAAGUUCGAGGUGUUGAAAAUGGUACCAAUCAUGCAGCAUUUCCUCUUUGUAUUUGGAACGGAAUGCCAGAUCUAAAUUAGAGUUUUUUGGGGACCUUGGUCAUGUUUGUAGGGCAACUCCAAGAUCUCCUUGCGAAGCCUGUCUGGCUAACAAGCAAAACUAAGCUUUGCAUGUGCCAGAUAACAACUCGACAGUCACUCCAAUUUGUCUUUUCUCGAAGCUGCCAGUGUUGCUAGAUGGAUUUGGAGUUUUAUAUUGCAGGCAGAACAUGUCAAAACCUUGGUGGACUUGCAUACACCCAACAUGGAAUAUUUGAUGGGGUUCCUGUCUUUUGGUCGAAUCCACUGUAAUUGUUCAGAUCACCAUUUAGAUCCCUGAGACCCGUUCUCAGGCAGCCUUGCUUGGUGGAUUCUGCACCUGGGGAUCUGUAACUCUCAUGGGGCUUUGCUCUUCUUUCAUUGUGUCAGGGACAGGCAUGUAUAGUAACAUCAAAUCUCAGUUCAGUUUCAGUGGUGGGAAUCACUGCUGCUGUUUGGUGACUCGAGCACAGUUUCUUGACAGAGCAACAGAGGUAGAUCAUCAAUACAUUUACACCGGAGGAACACAGUCGAAGUUAAUACCUUCUCGGAUUGGUAUGCCCAAGCGAAUGCUUGCUGAAGCUGGUUAAGGUCACUGGCAACUUUUUUUAUGUUGUGUUCUUUUCCUCCGAGCCUUUACUUCCUCGCAAUAAAUUUACCUUUGCAAGGUUGUGCUCCAGCUGCCUCAAUGCACUUGCUGAAGCUGGUUGAGGCCACUUGCAACAUAUUUUAUGUUGUGUUCUUUUCCCCCGAGCCUUUACUUCCUUGCAAUAAAUUUAACAUUGCAGAAUUGUGUCCCAGCUGCCUCAAUGCACUAGCCUGAUUUGCUGAACUGGAGCCGUUGUUCGAUCAAUGUGGUCCUCAGUUACCAUCUCUAAUGUCAUUCUGAAUGCUGAUAAAGCUUUGCCAGAGACAGGGGAGGUACUUCUGCAUCUGUCAGCAGUGGUCCACUUCAAUUUGAUAGCUCUUGGCUUCAUCAACAUGGAUCAAUCGAAACUUUCAUCGACACUGGAUGUAGCCUCCUCUGCUGCGUCGACAGACAUGGCCGAGGGCGAGGACGGCGAAGAGAGGGCAUGGGAGGAGCUCUUCCCUGAUGCCCUGGGCCUCAUCUUCCGCAACCUCUCUCUUCAGGAAAUCCUCACCGUCAUUCCCAGGGUAUGCAAAUCUUGGGGGCGAGCGGUGUCGGGGCCCUACUGUUGGCAGGAGAUCGACAUCGAGGAAUGGAGCCAGCGGUGCAAGCCGGAGCAACUGGACCAAAUGCUUCACAUGCUGAUUGCUCGAAGCUCUGGCUCCGUCCGCAGGCUCAGCGUCUCUGGCCUCCACACCGAAUCCAUGUUCUCCUUCAUCGCAGACCAUGCUGGAUCUCUUCAGAGGUUGGAGCUUCCAAGAAGUGAAAUAAGUGACUCGAUUGUAGAAAUCAUUGCUCCAAGACUAUCAAAUAUAACUUUCUUGGAUGUCAGCUACUGCAGAAAGAUAGGUGCCCGUGCCAUUGAAGCAUUUGGAAAGCACUGCAAAUCUCUCGUUUCCCUGCGGCGUAGGAUGCAUCCAUUAGAGGUUGCGGACAAGGUCUGUCAAGACGAUGAGGCAUAUGCCAUUGCCAGAUCGAUGCCCAAGUUGCACCACUUGGAGAUGGCAUACCUGCUUUUGACAACACGAGGGGUACUCGAGAUCCUCUCGCGGUGCAGGGAUCUUGAGUACUUGGACCUAAGGGGCUGUUGGGAAGUGAAGCUAGAUGAUAAGUACUUGAAGGAGUGGCAUUCUGGUUUGAAGGUAUUAGGGCCAGACAUUAUAGACUGCUACGAGCAGAAUUGCUGGGACGAGUGCUCAGACUACUCGGAUUCUUCAGUAUACUCUUGGGAGUUCAUGGAAGACGGGGAAGAUGUCUACGAGGGGGUAAGUGAUAAUGAUAGCAUUUGGGAGGCUGAGCAAGGAUUGGAGGGUUUGGAAGUAAGGUUCUAUGGAGGUGGCUUUACCGAUGCAGUUACUGGGUUCGAUUGGCCUCCCUCUCCAUGAGCAUAAUUGGUCACCGGGUUCGAUCAGAACAACCGCCACGUUUGGGCUUCUCCAAACUGACUGAAAUCUGUGACAUAAUGAUCAAAGAAAAUCCAUCAGAUCCUUGUUUUGAAUGUCAAAAGAUAUGCAUGUAGAGGCAAACAUGAGUCGUCUAUAUGACCAUGCCGGUCUCUUCUUCUUACUCAUAAGGAGCUAUAUAGUAUGAAAGUAGCGGUGCCGUUGAAUGAAAAUAUUCAUAAAGAUGAUUCUAGUUUA